GCAAGCAUGCAACAAGGCCACCCAGCGUUGCCGACCACUCUAACACUUCACUUUCCCACACGAUGAUGCCCCUCCCCGCUCGACAUUUCUAGAAGAUUCAUCGUUGGCAUGGAAUAUCCAACAUACAUAUCACACCAAUUCAUGAGCGGCAAAUUCUGACAACAUCUCCCGCCAGAAGCUCAUGCAAACGCUCUUCAUCUUAUCCCGGCAAGAACAUCCGCACGACACUAAGUCACAUAAGGCAUUUCCCGUGCACCCUUAUCUCCGUCGUAGGCGCAUUCAAUUCAAUGGCGGCGAACCACAUUUACUCCCAGGGUCUUCCACCAAAAUUUCUCCAUAGCGGCAUUCCAUUCUGAUUCACAAUUGUUGUUGCCGACACAAGAUCUCGUGGCACAUCCAGUGCCCGUCAAAAUCUCAAUAUCCAUCAAUGAAUUAUCGAUUCCCACAGCAGCGCAUAUCAGAGAGAGAGGGAAGGGCCUAUUAGGGUCGCACUGCCUGUUUUCCCACCGACCCGCCUUCUCUGGCGCCGAAAUCAUGAAAUGAGCGGCUGACUUAUGGCAGGCCGCGACCCUGCCUUCCCACCGGGCCAAACUCGUUUCCUCUUUUUAUUUUCCCCCGUUUCCCUUCUCCGUCCUUUGCCCCGGUCCUCCUCCCCCUGUCUUAUAUCUUGCGCGGGCUGCGCGGGUCAUUUCGUCAUCUCUCCUUUCAUCUCCCCGAUCCUGUGUCGAUCGUCCCUCUGGUGCUCUGGUCAUAUCUACUGAACUCUAAACCCCCAUGCCUUUUGUCGAUCUGCCAGAGGAUGGUGUAUCCUACUUCUACCGCAGCAACCUCCCUGGAGAUGGCUCAAUAAAGGGCCUCGACAAAACCAAACAGACAAUCGUUUUCACCCUCGGCGCCAUUUUUGACUCGUCCUCCUUCGUUAACCAACUCAAAGAUCCUAGACUUUCCAAAAACUACAAUCUUAUUGCUUUGGAUGGCCGUGCACAGGGGCAGACGAUUAGCGAGCCCGAGCCGGGUCGUGACGCAUGGACCGACGGUGUGGAGCUCGUUAAACUGCUUGACAAGCUCGGUCUGCGGCACGUGCAUCUUUUUGCUGGAACCUGGUAUACCUAUCACAACACGCUCCGGGCUGCAAUUCUCUUCCCUGGAAGACUGCUCAGUAUUGCGGCUGGACCGAUAGAGCGUCCGCGCGACGAGAUUAUGAUGCAACUGGAGGAGAUAUGCAAGGAGCUUCUUACCUUGUUGGCGACUUCCAAGGACAUAGAGACCAUGGAAGACUACCUGGUGGAAGUGUUUCCCUAUCUGUUCGGUGAGCACUUGGACGAAGAUCAAAAGGACGACUUUGCUGCGUAUCUGGAGACUCAGUAUCCACCGACAAGGUUAUGCCGCGGCAUGGAGUUCGGUAAUGCGAUAUUUGGCAACCGCAUUCCUCUGACUGAUGAAGAAGCCGACCUCGUCAGAGUCCCUGUGUUGCUCUACGCGGCUGAUAACUUGGUUGAUACCGUUGCCGAGGCCGAAGCAUUUGCAAACCGCCUCACAGGGGUUCCUGGUGGUUGUCAGAAGCACAUUUUGCCAGACGGUGCACCUUCCGAAGCAUGGUACAUCCGGCGAUAUGCGGACGGUGUGACUAAUGCAUUUUUAGACUUUAUCCAGAAGGUGUCGGAGACUCCGCAGACCGUGGCUCCCACCAACCUCGAGGCCGCCCUUGCACUGAAUGCGAAGCUCGCUGACGAACCUACGAUGGCGCAGCUCGACCCAAAAAAAUCUAUGUCCUUCUCCCGUGUUCCCCCCGCCGUCCUGGCCCAGCGCAACCAGGUAUUCGCGAUAUGCUCAGAAGCUCAGAAGCGCGGGUUCGACCCGAUUGGCUUGAACGGGGAGAUGCCGCGAAGGUUCUCAGAUCGGUAUCAUGAACGGAAUAGGCAACGGGCGACCUCGACCGCUUCCCUUGUUAUUCAGGUCUCUGUCUCGCACAAGUCUGAGGAAGACCUAGCGAAGGCCGGCGUGGACGCUAAGAAGGCGGAGGAGGAUCAUGACCUGUCGUCGAUCACCGAUAAGCUCAAGAACCUUCUCUAAUCGCGGCGCCUUGCCCGUGCUACUUGACUAGCCAAUACCUGACUAUUACACUGAUACACAGUGCAUCAGCGUGUUGCACAACCCCGUCUUGCAUGUUUCUCCCAACCCCAUACAUUUGUCAAACGUAUAUACAUGAAUGCAUUGGAUUGAGGCGACGGCCUCUUACAC